UUUCCUUUCCGUGUGGAUCAGUUUCGCUCUCCCACCUGUUCACGGUGGAUAGAGAACAGAAUGGGGAAGAUUCAGGAAUUCGAAAUAACUCUUAAUAAAAACAAAACGGUUUAUAAUGCUGGCGAAUCCAUCUCAGGAACUCUGAAAAUCUCAAUUGCACAGCCAAUACAUUGUAAAGCAAUCAAAGUGAACUGCCAGGGUUUCUGUGGAGUGACCAGCAAAUCAAAUGACAUAGACUGGACAGAGGAGGAGCAGUACUUCAGCAGCUCAGUCUCAAUAGCAGAUAAAGGCACUCUGAAAGACGGCGAGCACACUUUUCCCUUCAAGUUUCUCUUGCCAGCUGCUGCACCUACAUCAUUUGAAGGGCCUUAUGGAAGGAUUAUAUACAGAGUUCGGGCUUUCAUAGACACACCUCGUUUUACAAAAGACUACAAGAUAGAGAAGCCCUUCUCUAUGAAGAACACAGUCAACCUGAAUGAAAUACCUGGUAUUCAGGAACCUAGCUCCUAUUCUGUAACCAAGAAUUUCUCAUACAUGCUUGUGAAAAAUGGGACAGUGGUGCUGAAAGCUAAGAGUGACAUGCGAGGAUAUAUCACUGGACAGAUCAUAAAAGUGUUUGCUGAGAUUGAAAACAAAUCUGAUAAGUCAACAGGUCAUGUGGUUGCCAGUCUAAUGCAGAAAGUUACAUAUAAUACCAAGAAGCCAACAUAUGACAUGCGGACCGUAGCGGAGGUAGAAGGACCUGGAGUUAAGGGUGGACAAAAAACUGAAUGGAAGGAGCAGAUAAUUGUGCCUUCUCUUCAUCUGUCCACUCUGAUUGAUGGAAACCUCAUCCAAAUCUGCUACUACAUUCAGGUCUAUUUGAAAUACCCAGAGGUAUCAUUAACUCUUCCCAUUUACAUUGGAAGCAUCGCAGUGGAUCCAACUCGGCCUUCCGCCUCCCGGUCGGUUCCACCCAUGCCAGCCCCACGUAAUAACCCCACCCCUGCUCCUGCCCCUUCUCCUGCUGCUGCUGCUCCCGCCGAAUGUGGCCCACCCAGCCUGCCACCACGUACAACCCCAAAACCUGCACCCAAACCCAGGCCUCGUAGCACCUACGCAUCCCUCAAUGUGCUUCCCCCUGAUCUGUACCCAGAACUCCCAGGUGUGGCUAACUACAACGGGGAAAUGCCAAAGAGUCCACAGCAUGAGUCUGGUUCCCAGGCUCCAGUGUCUCCCAAUGCAUUCAGCUACGCUCCUGGACUCAGCUUCAGACAGAAACAGAGCUCCAACGGCCCAUCAGCACCCCCCUUCACUUCAUCCACCAGCCCUCAAGACAGGAAUGCAAUGUCCUCUUCAUUGAGCUUGCCUCCAAACUACAGGAGUUCACCAUAUCCACAUGAGGCUCCACCUUCUUAUGACGAUAGCUGCAAUAUAUAGGAUGUCUCCCAGCCAUACGAAGAAGGGAGAAAAACAUUGAAAAUGUUCAUAACACUCCUGUGACUUUAUAAUAAAUGCAGACCUCAAGCACUUUUGAACCAAAUGUGUACAUAUCCAAAUUCUGUGUUCUUACAAUGUCUGUGCUCUCAAGAAUGUGAUAUUUAACCUAAGAGGUCAGCUGAUACAAUACUUCAGGUGUGGUUUGACCGCUAUUAUGCCAAACAGUUGGAAAUGAGUAAUUUUGCUUUUCAUUUUUGUCAUUUGCAGAUGAUCUGUAAAAUCGAUCUGCCUCUUGCAAAUAUAUUUUCCCACUUGUUUUUAGGGGUUUCAUCAUGGAAGAGUAUUAAGUACUCUUUUUAUUAUUAGACUGUUGCUUGUUUUGUACAUUUGUGCUUGCAGUCACACAACCACCAGGGUAAAUUUUCUUCUUUUUUUUUAAUCAGCAUGUUCAGGCUUUGUUUUUUAUGUUCCUGAUAAGCUAAAGAUGAAUCCAGUUCGAUUGAAAUUGUAACUUUAUACUAUGUGUGGAUACACAUGUCCUCAAGUCAUUAUACAAAACAACUGAAUAUUUCGUUCAAGUUUUGUGGUAUUUAAUGAUUAAUUUCUAACUUUAAUAAUUAAUUUCUGCCUUUGUUAGUAUUGCACACUACUUUUUUUUAUUUGAACAGUGAUUUACAUUUAUAUGUAGU